AUGUGGUACCCGUGCUCGGGAGAAGCGGAUAGGCAGAACGCUGUCUUCGUCGAGCUUUGUGAGACGGACUUCGGUAAGAAGAAGGGUGCGCUGGUGAGCUCCGGCGUGUUGCUGGUGAAUCCUCCAACCGACAUGCCGGACUUGGAAGCCAAAGUGCAAGAAAUUCUCUCAUGCCUGCAGGAUGCCUUCCAUCCGGUAUUCAACAUGGAGACAUCUUACCUGAAGGUGUAG